AUGUCAGAACAAAAUGCCUCAUCAAUUUGGUCCUAUUUUGCAAAAGAUCCUGACGCGAAGAAAGCAAAAUGCUUGCAUUGUACUCAAGUGAUCUCCUUCGAAAAAUCCUCCCACUCUAAUCUGAAGCGACAUUUGCUAAGAAAACACCCGUUCUUAGAACAUCGAAUAGCUGUUCGUGUAAGUAUUUUAGGCAGAACAAUAUGGAACCAUUUUACGAAAGAAACAGGGAAAAGAGCUAAAUGCGGACACUGCCUCAACAUUAUCUCCUACCAAAGCACAACAUUCAGCUUGAAAAGGCAUAUGCAAAACAAACACCCUUCGGUUCCCUUAGAUGAUGAAAACGUGUGUGAAAGCCCGGAACAUGAGGAGAGGUUAUACGAGGACUCGUUGGGUGCCUACGAAUCGAGCAACUACGCCAAAUCCUUCAAGGGGGCAGGUUCUGGCAAUGAAUCGGAUACAGAAGGUGAUUCAAAGCACGGCCUUAUAGAAUUACAACCGAUCGACAACACUGAGCUCACGGAACCAAUAAGAAUCGAGAUCAUUGAUUUCAAUCCACAAUCUAAACAUACUGCUGAGGAUAUGCAAGAGGGCAACGAAGAAAGCAAUCAUCAGUCUGACUCGAUGAAUUAUGAGCAUAUAUCUGCUACCCACAACGAUCUGAAUCAAACCGACGAUAUCAACCAAGACGAAGCUAUUAUCGAAACCACCAACGUGGCACAAAAUGCUGGAACGAACGUUGAAAGGGCGCAAGGAUCUUGUGAUUAUUUAAGCAUUGGCAUGAAGGAUGUCAAAGUAAAAACGGCAGCAUAUGCGACAAAUGUUGCCUUGGAGCUGGAGAGCUUAAACACUCGGCAGCGAAUAGUGGCAGAGAAGCUUAUUUCUGACUUACUGUUUCAUGCGAAGCUGGAAAAUUUGACAGAGUAUUCGAUGAUUUUAGUGAAAGUAGGUACUUUUGAGAAGCCCAGCUAG